CCAGAGGACUCCGCUAUUGUAGUCUGUCGGGGCGGCAGUGACGGGGGGGCUUCGCUUUAUGCCGUCGCCUCAUCAUCUGUAAGGGGGAACAAUAAACAGCGUCUGAUGAAAGCAAGUGUCUGUUUUGGUGGGGGGGAUCUGCCAUCCGAAACCGACCGGCUCUGUCUGCGUGAAAUAGGGAAUGAACGACGAGACAGCAUCGGACAGCUGGAAGAGAAACUCCGGGUGCUCCAGUAUUGAGCAAAUGCUGGCUGUGAAUCCCGGAAAGACGCCCAUCAGUCUGCUGCAGGAGUAUGGAACGCGGAUAGGCAAGACCCCAGUGUAUGACCUGCUGAAGGCCGAGGGACAGGCCCACCAGCCCAACUUCACGUUCCGCGUCUCCGUCGGAGAGAUCAGCUGCACCGGCCAGGGGCCCAGCAAGAAGGCAGCCAAGCACAAAGCAGCUGAGGCUGCUCUGAAGAUGCUAAAGGGAGGCCUCGGAGGUCCUGCUGGAGUUGGUAUUGGAGUAGACGGGUUUAUUGGGGUUGAUGUGUCUACUGAUGCAGAUGGUGCCCAGUCAGAGAUGAAGACCACAGGCACUUCACAGCAGUCUGAAUGCAACCCUGUAGGGGCUCUGCAGGAGCUGGUGGUGCAGAAAGGAUGGCGUUUGCCAGAGUACACGGUCACUCAAGAGUCUGGUCCAGCACAUCGCAAAGAGUUCACCAUGACCUGCAGAGUGGAGAGAUUUGUAGAAAUCGGAAGUGGUACAUCUAAGAAGCUAGCCAAGAGAAACGCAGCAGCUAAGAUGUUGUCACGCAUACAUGAUGUCCCCGUAGAUAUGAGGACCAGCAAUGAUCCUGAUGCCGAAGAUGAUACAUUUACUAUGAACAUGGGCAGCAGAGUGGAGUCGGGUAAAAGUAAAGGCUUCAGCUGCACGUGGGAUUCUCUGCGUAACUCUGCCGGUGAGAAGAUCCUCCAACUCCGCAGCCACCCUCUGGGCAUGCCCUCUGAUUCCAACUUCUGCUCUUUGCUGAGUGAACUGUCUCUGGAGCAGCGCUUUGAUGUCAGCUACCUGGACCUUGAGGAGCGCAGUCUCAGCGGCCUGUGUCAGUGUCUCGUGGAGCUCUCCACGCAGCCAAUCACCGUGUGUCACGGCUUCGCCCCAAACACAGAUGGUGCCCGAGCCAACGCAGCCCACAAUGCACUGCAGUACCUCAAAAUCAUGGCAGGAGGGAAAUGACGAGCGUGUCAGCCCCCCUCCCUCACAGACUUGAACUCACCACUACAAAAUGCCAUCAUAAAUUUCUACUUUGGAUGACGGAGGCACUUUUGUGAUGAACUCAAAUAACAUGAAUUACCUCAAAUUUAGAAAUGAAGACUCUUUAUGCCCCGAGAUUUUUUAAAAGUCCUAUUGAUGAUGCCAAUGAAGAUUUAGUUGCCCCCCCCAAAAAAAAAUCACUUGACAUUUACAAUAUUUAUCACUAAUUAUGUAUUUUUACUUUUCUAUAUCACCCUAGUUGUUUUCAUCUGAAUUUAUAAAUGGUGCUAUCGUGGUAAACUAUACGUUGCAAAUAACUUGAGAUAAAAUUCUGAUGCCGUGAAAUGACCAGGGAGUGAAAGGGGUCUGAAGAAAAUGGAGUGGAGUCAUCCGUUCACUGCUGCUUUGUUAAAUCCCUGUUUUCAUGCACGGACCUAAAAGAGCCCAGACUUGAAGAAAAAUUAAGAAAAAGAGACUGCUGAGUUAUUGUCAUAGGACAAUCAUCUUGAAGAUUAACCAUUUUACACACAAGUGUUAAAAAAUGUUGGUUUUAGUAUGAAAAUAGCCCCCCUGUCACAUGCUAGUUCUUUGUUUGGGUCUGUUAGAUUAGGUUUAUAUGAUUUAAUGUUUAAUAAACACAUUAUUUGUGGCUACACCUUUUGUUGCCCUCUCUCUGAAACAGUCCACUUAUAUUAUUGUGCGGCCCCCCCACCCCUCCCCCAUAUGUUCUAAUUGGUCAGUUGAACUGACACAGUGGCAUCUGAAAUCCCAGUGUCUUGAUAAUGUUUUUAAUGUUCUGGGCUUUUUAAGGUAACUUUGAUGUUAAAUCAGGGAGUUGAAAAUGGUUUUAUUUAAUGAAAUGUUUCACAUUGCUGUUUCCAUGGAAAUAAAAGCAUGUCACUGGGUCUUCAGAGGAGUAAAAUAGUUUUACUGUAAGAUUCAGCAAAGGCAGCUUCCCAUUACUCAUGAUGUGUCAAACUAGCCUCCAUGCUGGCUUUACAUCAGUCCGUUACGCAGUGACAUAAAUUAGUCUAUUAUGUUUCAGAACGACUACUUUUGCCGUGUAAGCAAACCUUUUUUUUAACUUUCCAAACAAACAAAGCUAAGCAACCCCCAAAACACUGUUAGAGGCUCUUACAUUUAAAACCCCCAAAUUAAAGCUGACUGUCUGCUGCGCUGUGCUCUGAAUGUUUGGCUAUGUUUUCUAAAGAACAUUAAUAUUUGGGAAACUCCGUUAUGAAUUGCCCUCACGUAGUUUCAUGAUGUGUCACAGUCUAAUUUCUUUUCUUUCUCACACUUUACGUUAAGUUUGUAAAUUCAUUUCUGUUGCGAUAAAGACACAGCUAUGUGUUGGCAGAAAAAGGAAGCGGUACAGUGAGUUUUAUAAUAAAUGUUUGUUCUUCUCAACAUUAAUCUCACUCUCGUGUGUUAAGCUUUCAAUAUCACACACCAGACAAAGCCAUCAUGUCAUGUGGACUUCCAAAAGUAUUAAAACAAUCCCCUUGUUUUUCUGUUGAUGUGACUGAUAAGUUUCCACAUAAAAGCUGAUGACUGGCUUCCAGAGUAUUCAGUGUAACUGCCUGUUGUGUCACUUCACCUUGCCUUACUGUAGCUGUUAGUUGGUAAAAUGCUGUGAAGUCAUUUAAUAAAAUUAUUUUUUGCACUA